CUCAAAGCUGUCAAAACAUAAACCCGAGCCAAGCGAGCAUAAAGUUUUGUGUUCGUGUGUUGUGAAAUUGUGGCAAUUAGAAAGUUUUUCUGUUUAUUGUAAUUUUCUUCGCAAAUUUUGGGCUUUUUUGAGCUGGAAAUUGUAAUGUCAAUCGUGCGAAAAGUGCCGUGAACUGUGGAAUCACAUAACGCAAUGGAUUACGUGUACAUGAGUGGCGAUCCGGUCAACCGAGCCGAGGACAUCAUUACCCUGACGAUGUACGACAACGGUCCACCGGCGGGAGACUACCCGGAAGGGGACUAUGGACCGUUCAACAUUGGAUUCGGCGAGCCGGAGUACAUGGAACACGGGAUGGUGCUGGCCGAUGGAGGGGAUCGCUUCGGGGUGUCGACGGUUUCGUUCGACACGCAGGAGGAGUUGAUCUGGAUGGGGAACCAGGGCGGACAUGUGACGUCCUACUACGGGGGGACGAUGCAGAAGUACACAUCCUUCCAGGUGCACGCCAAUGAGAUCGUCCGGCAGAUCCAUACGAUCGACGCGGGAAUACUGGCUUUGACCAGCACGACGCUACGGCACCAGAUUCGGAGGGGAAUUCCCAAAUUCACGUUCCGGUCGGAGAAGAUGGUCGAUAUGGUGUGCAUGGUGGAACAUCAGCCUAAUCGGCUUUUGAUGGGAGGUCAUCAAACCGAGUUGAUAGAUUUUGAUAUGGCCACUUAUCAGGAGGUGGGAAGUGUUCCUGCCGGACAAAAUGGGUGCGCCAUUUUGCGGAAUCAUUCUCGCUACCUCUGUGAAGGGGAUCCUUUUGGUACGAUUCUACUUCGAGAUCCCAACAGCUUGUCGAUUGAACACGAACUAACAACCCACGCUGGAAGUCUGUCGGACUUUGAUGUACAAGGAAAUUACUUGGUUUCUUGUGGUUAUAGCGGAAGACAAGGGAACCUGGUAAUAGAUCGCUUCUUGAUGGUUCACGACAUGAGAAUGUUGAGAUUAGUGUCGCCAAUUCAGGUGUUAGUUGAGCCUCAAUUAUUGAAAUUCCUUCCAUCUCCUUGCUCUCGCUUGGCAGUGGUGUCACCGCUAGGACAACUCCAGUUGGUUGAUACCGUAGAACUCAGCGAACCUCGUGUUCAAAUGUUCCAGAUCAAUACGACCGGAUCUCAGUGUCUCACCUUCGACAUUUGCUCUUCAAAUCAAGCGAUGGCAUUCGGGGAUCAAUCCGGACACAUUAACCUUAUUGCCGCUGUCAAAAUCAAUACUCCCUCACUUCAGUUCAAUCCUUACUCAAGAGAAACGGAAUUCGCCGAUACCGUCGAGCCACUACCGAUGAUCUCGAUCACCGAUAAGAACUUUCCUCUGUCAUCGAUUCUUCUUCCACCGCUUACGACCGGCGAUCGUUGGCUUAGUGAUUGGCCAGCUUUUAUGAACACCUACGACUACCUCAAACCGAAGCCAAUUCGUCCGGAAAUCACCGCCACCAUGAAAAUGCAAGGCCCGAUUGGAUACGCCCCUAAUCCGAAGACCUCCUUACGCAAUCAAAUUCCCUACAUAAUGGACAAAAACUCAUCGUCAAGCCAGUGCUCCACUCCGGUCAGCAGCUCGCAGAAGGGAACCGGAGAGCAAGGAUUGAAGCUUGUCCCCCGCCGUUAUCGCAAGGUCGAGGUCAAAUACAGCAAACUGGGCGUCCAGGACUUCGACUUCGAACAGUACAACCAGACAGGAUUCGUCGGAUUGGAAGCUAACCUCCCGAAUGCGUAUUGUAACGCAAUGCUACAGGCCCUCUACUUCAUUGUCCCACUCCGUAAGGCCAUCCUAUCCCACUGCUGUUCAAAAGAAUUCUGCCUGGCCUGUGAGCUUGGUUUUCUGUUUCACAUGCUGGACGUCGGAACAUGCAGCCAGCCCUGCCAGGCGAGCAACUUUCUCCGCUCGUUUCGAACCGUCCCGGAGGCGGCGGCCCUCGGGUUGAUCCUUUCCUCCGAUCGGAGCAACAAUGCCAGCAUCAAUCUGGUCAGUCUGAUCCAGAACUGGAACCGAUUCAUCCUGCACCAGAUCCACUACGAACUGCUGGAGGCGAUCAAGAAGAACGAGAACAUGAUGCCGGUCAGUGAACCGCUGGUCGGAGUGGGCCGGCGGAUGCAAUUGUCGGCUUCACCGCGACCAUUUAUCCCGGGGGCCGAAAUGCACGUGCAAGCCCCGGAGGAUUACCAUCAGGAGGCGUUGGAUAACGAGGUGCAGCAGUACGGAUCCAACAAUGAGAAGUUCCAGUUCUUGGAAGCUAGCAGCGAUUACGACACGACGCUGAUCCCGGAAUGUGAACCAUAUCCGGAUCCGGCAGAGCAAAUGCCACCAUCCAGCAAAAACUACAACAAGGACGAAACGGAAAUCAGCCGUCUGUUUGGAACGCAGCAGAAGACAACCCAACGCUGCCUGAAGUGCAACGCCGAACGAGUCAAGAACAACAUUCUGCUCGUUUGCAAUCUGCUCUAUCCGGUCAACGCGAACAAUCGCAACAUGGAUGGCACCUUUGCGUUGAUUCUGAAAAACUCCCUCAGCGUCGAGAAGACCACUCCGGCGUGGUGCGAAAAGUGCAACAAAUUUACACCCACCAAUCAGAAGAGUCGCGUGACGGAUCUGCCGGAAAUCCUGUCCAUCAACUGCGGGCUGGAAACGGACAAGGAGCUGGAGUAUCUCAAAAAGCAGAUGUGUCGCCCUUCGGCCCAAGUGGGAGGGACGUCCACGUCGGAAAGUGAACCGCGCGCGGCCAACACCGGCAACGGGAAGAUGUGCCGGUAUGGGAUGAACUGCUCGCGGGUCGAUUGCCACUUUUCACAUCCUAGGAAAUCAUCUCCGGCGGUCAUUAUCUCGAGUGCACCAUCGCCAGCCCAGCAAAAAUCCUGGUUCCCGUUGAGCUUCCGCAUGAGCCUGGAUGAGAAGGAAAAUCUAGAAAUUGGCUCACUCAAGAGCGCUUCCAGCUGUAGCGAAAUCAGCGAGGAUACGAAUCUUCGAGAAGACAAACUAUUCCGCAAAUCAAAGCGGUACAGCCUCUCGGCCGCAGUAUGCUACAUCAACGACGGAGCUCAGCGUAAUCUCGUCGCACUGAUCCAUGUUCCGAAAGGGUACCACGAUCUGAAACAGAACCGCACGGGAGAAAUCCCUGGAUCAUCCGCCGGGAUCGAUUUCACCGACGGAAGCUGGUACAUCUUCAACGACUUUAGCAUUUCGCCGGUGUCCGUACAGGAGGCGGUUUGGUUCACCCUGGACUGGAAGGUUCCCUGUGUGCUGUUCUACACGAGUACUUCUCUGCGGGACGAGGUGGGUGACAACAAGGAAUAUCUGACUCAGUACGUGAAUCCCUUUACGAACGACCUGUUCAUGGAAACGAGCCCCACAGUGGAAGAUAAGAAUUUUAAACCACUUGCACAGGAGGAGAUAUUCCAGUCGGGAGACCUCGUAGCAAUGGAUGCUGAAUUCGUCACUCUAAAUCCGGAAGAAAGCGAAAUCCGCUCGGACGGAAAACUGUCCACCGUCAAACCAAGUCACAUGAGUGUCGCUCGUAUCACUUGCAUCCGCGGACAAGGCCCCGACGAAGGGGUUCCCUUCGUCGACGAUUACAUUUCCACACAGGAACAGGUAGUCGAUUACCUAACCAAAUUCUCCGGUAUCAAACCCGGCGAUCUGGAUGCCAACUUCAGCAACAAACGUCUGACCACUCUGAAAAACUCCUACCAAAAACUGCGCUACCUGGUCGACAGUGGGGUGAUCUUCGUUGGCCACGGUCUGAAAAACGACUUCCGCGUAAUCAACAUCAUCGUCCCGCCGGAACAGAUCGUGGACACGGUGUACCUGUUCCAUCUGCCCCACCACCGGAUGGUAUCGCUGCGCUUCCUGGCGUGGCAAUUUCUCGGCAUAAAAAUCCAAUCCGAAACGCACGACUCGGUCGAGGACGCCCGGACAGCGCUGCUACUCUACAAACACUACCUAAAGCUGCACACCAAGGAAGAGUUUACCAUGGCACUGUCCAAUCUGUACGAAACGGGCAAGAAGUUGCAGUGGAAGGUCCCAGACUAGAGAAAACGGCAGGUGAUAUCAGUAUUUUUCACGAAAACAAAAAGAAACAUCAAGCGAAGAUAGAUUGAGAUUUGUUUCGUCUUUUAUUAUGCUUCAAAUUUUAGUGAGUUUUUUUUUAUUACAGUAUAUGUUUAGAUAUCAUUUUUCAGCCAAUCUGGGUUUAUAGAAACAUCUAUUAUAUAUAAUAAUUUAUACAAGAAUCAUGUCUCAAAAACUGUAUCGAAAGGUCAUUUAAUAAAUACAUUCAAUAAAUA